GCCAUCCCCUGCCCCACCCCGCGGGUGCAACUGGUCUGCGACCCCGGGGCGUGUGGUAAGGCGGGAGGCCUCGCCUGGCUGCCCCUCCCGGACCCUUGCCUGCGGUCAGCGAAGCUUUUGCAGCCUAGGUCUGGGACCUGCGAGCUGCAGGCGCCUCUGCCCCGCCGCACUGGCGAAGGCUAAGCCCGAGAACAGCCCCAGCCUCCGACCCACCACCGCGACCCGAAGGCCGCUUCUGGGGCGAGGCUGAGGCUGCAGCUGCCUCCCUUUCGCACCCAGGACCCCAACCUUACCGACGCAGCCGCCCCUUCGGCCCAGGUUGGGAGGCGCUACAGGGAUCCGACGCUUCGGGUGGCCAAGAACGACAUUCGCUGAUUCCAGGUCCCCGGCAGGGCAGGCUCCCGUCCUGCACUCACUGACGCCGAAAGUCUGUGGGAGAGGAGAGGGGCUCCGGGCGCCGUCGGAAGGGGCAACGGACGAAGGAGGGUGCUAAUUCACUCCACAUGGGGUCGGCGGCGAGGCCGAAUCACGCAGUGGCCGCGGAGGGCCGAGGGGAAAACUGCCAGGGGCGCCGAGGGCGGGUGUGGGGAGGGGCCGGCUCCAGGGAGCAAGGAGCCCACCGGCCUCUCUGCCGCGGCCGCCCUGGGUCGUUCGCCCACGCCUUCCACUGGGUCGCGACCUCCGGAUCCAGCUGUACCCGGCUCCUGCCCCUUCCCCUUUGCUGCAGUGCUGCGGGCUGGGACUCAACGUCCAGGCUGGGGCGUCCAGGGCGCAGUCCCAGCUCAGAUCGCCUGCGCUCCACCUCGCUCCAGUCGGCCACAGACCCGCUGGCGCUGGGGUCCGGCCGGUACACACCCAAGUCCGCGCCGCCCCGCCCCGCCCGGCUCCAGGGAGCCAGAGCGCCGCAACCAGGACGUUCGGACUCUGGUUCUGUUCUUUGGGGGAUUCCGGCGCACCCCUAGGAUGUAGGAGUCUUGGAAGUUGUUUGAGAGAAACCAGCUCUGGGAGGACCUCGCAUCCAGUCUCCUGUCUCGGCUUUGAACCAGGGUUCCGGGUUAAGGUGCUCAGAGCAACAGCUGAUCCUUCUACCCUUGGGCAGGGCAGAGAUCCCCAAGCCCCUU